GAGAGAGGCCCCCAGUGCUGCCAGAGGGCUGUGGGGAGACAGCCAGCCAGCGCACAGGGACCUGGAAUCGGAAAGUUCCAAGGAACACAGAGGGGAGCUGUGUGGGGAAUCAGUGACCUAGAUGGCAGCCAAGCAGACAGAGCCCGUGACAAUCAUCAGCCUUCGGAAACUGAGCCAGGCAGCCCCAGAACCGCAGCAGAAAGAGACCAAGACAUUCACGGUGGAGGAUGCGGUGGAGACCAUCGGCUUCGGGCGCUUCCACAUUGCACUCUUCCUAAUCAUGGGCAGCACCGGGGUUGUGGAGGCCAUGGAGAUCAUGUUAAUAGCAGUUGUGUCUCCUGUUAUCCGAUGUGAAUGGCAGCUGGAGAACUGGCAGGUGGCAUUUGUCACCACGAUGGUGUUUUUUGGCUACAUGGUAUCCAGCAUCCUUUUUGGUCUCCUGGCUGACAGAUAUGGCCGCUGGAAGAUUUUGCUGCUCUCGUUCCUGUGGGGAGCCUACUUCUCCUUACUGACCUCUUUCUCCCCCUCCUACAUCUGGUUUGUCUUUCUGCGGACGAUGGUAGGCUGUGGAGUGUCUGGCCAUGCUCAAGGGUUAAUCAUAAAGACUGAAUUUUUGCCCACAAAAUACCGAGGCUACAUGCUGCCCUUGUCGCAGGUUUUCUGGCUUGCUGGCUCCCUGCUCAUCAUCAGCAUGGCCUCUGUGGUCAUCCCCACCAUUGGGUGGCGUUGGCUCAUCCGCAUCGCCUCCAUCCCUGGCAUCAUCCUCAUCAUGGCCUUCAAGUUUAUCCCUGAAUCUGCUCGCUUCAACGUCUCCACUGGGAACACCCAGGCUGCACUGAACACCCUAGAGAGCAUUGCCAAGAUGAACCGCUCAGUCAUGCCAGAGGGACAGCUGGUGGAGCCCAUCCUGGAGAAAAGAGGAAGAUUUGCAGAUCUACUAGAUUCUAAAUACCUUCGGACCACAUUACAGAUCUGGAUCAUAUGGCUGGGAAUUUCUUUUGCCUAUUAUGGGGUCAUCCUGGCCAGCGCUGAGUUGCUCGAGCGGGAUCUGGUCUGCGGUUCAAAGUCGGAGUCAGAACCGGAGGUGGUGGAGACCACAGGGGACUCAGGGGAGGGUCUGAGUCCCUGCUAUUGCCACAUAUUUGCACCCUCUGACUACAGGACCAUGAUCAUCAGCACCCUCGGGGAAAUCGCUUUGAACCCUUUAAACAUCCUGGGCAUCAAUUUCCUGGGCAGACGGCUGAGCCUGUCGAUCACCAUGGGAUGCACGGCGCUGUUUUUCCUUCUCCUCAAUAUCUGCACUUCAAGUGCAGGCCUCAUUGGCUUCCUCUUCAUGCUGAGGGCCCUGGUGGCAGCAAACUUCAACACCAUCUACAUUUACACUGCUGAGGUCUACCCAACCCCGAUGCGUGCUAUAGGGAUGGGAACCAGCGGCUCCCUGUGUCGCAUUGGAGCAAUGGUAGCUCCAUUUAUAUCCCAGGUCCUAAUGAGUGCCUCAUUCUUGGGAGCCCUGUGUCUUUUCUCAUCUGUCUGUGUUGUGUGCGCUAUUUCUGCAUUUACUCUUCCCAUUGAGACCAAAGGACGCGCUUUGCAGGUAAGUGACUCAGGAAGCGCUUGGAUUUUCUUUCGUCACCUAAAAACUAUUUUUAAUUAUGUGUAUGCAUAUGUGUCUGCGUGUGGGUAUGUGAACCAGUGCAAAUGCCCUGGAGCUGGAGUUACAGGCAUUUAUGAGGUGCCCAAUAUGGGUGCUAGCUGAGAACAGAACUCAGAACAGUAAUUCAUCUAAGCCACCUCUUAGCUCCUUAGCCAUCACUUUUGGCCAAAGAUAAGCUUGGGAUAUGGAUGGCCUUUAUUAAGUCAGGAAAAGGUUUUUCAUACCAAACCACCCCCGCAAAACAAAACAAAACAAAACCAAAAACAACAACAAAAAAACCAAAAAACCAAAACACUACCGCAGAGCCUUUGGGAUCACAGGGUCUGUGUGUAGCAGACUAGUCCCUUUCCCUAAUAUCUGUAGUGAGUGGUGGACAUUUCAAUGUGGAUUCCCUGGGCCAGCUGUCUUAGAAAACCUAACUUCAUGUGCCAUGUACUAGAGGUUUCUUCAUCUAGAAGCAGGCUGGUGUAUGAGCUGUGAUUUCCAGCUGCCACCAGUAAACUGACCUCCAGUUCCACUGCAUCUGGAAGAAGAGUUUCAGAGUUGAAUUAAGCCUAUGUAGCCAAGAUGAAGCCUGCCUGAGCAAGUGUCUUACCAGACCACCAUGGCACUGCCUAGGAAAGGGACCAUUAGGGCCAGAGGGCCCCUAAUGGCUUCAUCUCCCCAGACUAGUCAGUUCUGCUGGAAAGGACUGGCUUCUCCCCGCACAAACCCCCGAGUUUUCCUUUCUCAUUCUUCCUUUCAAGAUUGGUCUAAUUAAUAUUAAAGAUUAUGAAGGCAGAAGUAUUUGGCCUAUGAAAUUAAUUUUGGCUUGGCUUUGUGUUUGGGCUCCUUAUUUCUCUGGAGGCUGUGGAUGAAGGGAGGGCACAGCCUCCUUAACAUAGAUCUAUGCUCAAGUCCCCGGGAACUUGGGACCACUGCUCUCAUUAUGGAACACAGAGGCCUGCCAAGAUCUGGUUAUCAGUGAGAAGAUGGAACUUUUCUACCUCAGAGCACAGUGCUAACAGACAUACUCUGCAGUUGAUUUCAUCACUGAGUACCAGUCAGACACGACGACUCAGGCGUUGCCUUUCCUAUAAGGAAUCACCACACCCGUUAUGCAAAGGAUUACUAAGGACAAGCUGGGCAAAAUUUAAUUUUCCAUUCCCUUCCCAAUAUUUCCAUUUUAUACAUUGGUGGUGACCCUCCUGCCUCAGCUUUCUGAGUGCUAGGGUUACUAGGUGUGAGCUACCAAAUUGACAAAUGAGAAUGAAGAACCUAAUGGAUCUGUUAAUGUCCCUCACGGGUUUCUAAUUCAACCCGCCUAUAAAGCCAGGCCUUCUGUUGCUGGGGUAGGAUAGAGACUUGGCAUUGGGGCAUGGUGAACCUUUAACAUGUUGGUUCAAUACAUACACACACACACACCCUGGCCAUUGCAUGGUGGUGUCUUUAGGAAAAUUAAAGGUACACAUAUAGAUACAUACAUAGCUCACCGCUGUGAUAAUAUUCCUACGGACAAGCACAUCUUUUUAAAAACAAGAAAACAGUAAUUUGACUGAAUAAACCAACCUGGUCAAUAGCUUAGUGCUGAGUCACUUAAAAAACUCAAUCAUUAAAGAACGUGUUUAUAGUGCCAGGCAUGGUGGUGCACAGCUUUGAUCCCAGCAUUCAGGAGGCAGGGGCAGGUGAUGUGAGUUCAAGGCCAGCCUGGUCUACACAGAGAGAUCCAACACAGCCAAGACUACACAGAAAAAAGAUGAUGCUUGAAAAGAACCAAAAACCAAAACCAGAAUGAGUAUAGUGUGGACUUCUUUAGAUAUCUGUAUUGCAACAACUUUAAAUUAUAAAGCUAGCAUUGUAAAUGAUGUAUAUAAUUCUCUGUAAGUUAAGAACAAAACCUUACCAAC